AUGACUACACCAGCUCAAGUUGGGACUACAACAAUGGCCAAACCCGCUAGUUUGCACGAAGAGCUUGAAAAGGAUGCCUCACCUUCAGCCUCUGGAGGUCACGAGUACGCAGAUUCCGAGGAGAACUAUAAGCCCAAAACACUCAAGUUUUGGCUCGUCAUCAUCUCGAUCUAUCUGGCCUUCUUCCUUGUUGCUCUCGACCGCAUGAUCAUUGCUACUGCUAUACCAGCAAUCACAAACACAUACGGCACUAUCGUGGAUAUAGGCUGGUAUGGUAGCGGCUAUAUGCUUACGUGCGCCAUCUUCAAUCCACUCUUCGGCAAAAUUUACCAGCUUUACGAUACUAAAUCGACGUUUUUGGUGUCUGUCUUCCUGUUCGAAGUUGGCAGUGCAUUGUGUGGGGCCGCACCUACUUCUGUUGUUCGUAAGUAUCCACCAAAUCGCGAGAUGAUGCACUCGCUGACCCUCAUUGAAGUCAUCAUCGGUCGCGCAAUCGCUGGUAUUGGAGCAGCUGGACUUCAAUGUGGUGCGGUCAUGAUCAUCGUACCUCUCGUGCCAUUGCGAAGGCGACCCAUCUUCACUUCUUUUCUCGGUCUCGCAUUUGGAGUGUCAUCUGUAUUGGGGCCCUUCGUUGGAGGCACAUUUACUGACAACCCGAUCUUGACGUGGAGAUGGUGCUUCUACAUAAACCUCCCCAUCGGUGCCUUGACGUUCGCAUGCAUAUUUUUCUUUCUGGAUCUCCCUUCAACGCCUAAAGAGAAGCUGUCCAUUCUCGCUCAGCUCAAGCGCCUCGACCCAAUAGGUCUUCUCUUCUUCGUACCAUCCAUGGUAUGCCUUAUCCUCGCUCUUCAGUGGGGAGGUACGACCGAUCCCUGGUCAGCACCGAGAAUCAUCGGCCUGCUCGUCACAUUUGCAGUCACUUUCACCGCAUUCCUGGUUGUGGAGUUUACGAUGCCGGAUACAGCCAUGGCCCCGCCUCGGGUCAUCUUGAACCGUUCGAUGGGCGGUGCUAUGCUAUUCAUCUUUCUCCUCGCCGGCGGUAUGAUGAACGCUGUUUACUACAUCGCCAUCUGGUUCCAGGCAGCCCAGGGCCAGUCUGCCAUGCAGGCCGGUGUACGCACGAUACCCCUGUGCACAUCGCUUAUUGUCGCCGGCAUCAUCACAGCGGUGAUAACUCAGAAGAUCGGAUACUAUGUCCCUGCUUUGCUCCUUUCGGCCGUUGUCACAUCAAUCGCCAGUGGCCUCCUUUCUACACUUACGCCGGAGUCGAGCGCUCGCGAGUGGAUUGGUUAUCAAGUCUUCUACGGGUGCGGGCUUGGCUUUGGGGCUCAAACAGCGAACUUGGUGCCGCAGACUAUCCUGCCACGCUCAGAUGUGUCCCUAGGCAUGGCGAUGAUCUUCUUCCUAAAUCAACAAGGUGGUGCUAUCUUCCUUGCUGUUGGGCAGAAUCUGUUCUCGACCCAGCUUGUAAAGCAACUCUCGGGCAACUCCAAACUCGAUACUCAACUCAUCAUCAACACUGGUGCAACAGACCUCCGAAAAGUGGUAGCGGCGAACGAGAUCGAUACGGUGGUAUCGGCAUACAGCUACUCAAUAACUCGGACGUUCCUGCUAGCAGCACUACUCAGCGCUUGCACCAUCAUUGGAGCCUUGAUGGUGGAAUGGAGGAGCAUCAAAGAACGUUCGGGAAAGCCAGCAAAACAAGCGUCAAAAGAUGUAGAGAAAGAGGCUGCUUGA